AUGGCGACUCUUUUCGAAACUCUGCCCAACGCGCAAGCCGCCAUUGACGAAUUCCUCACCGUCGUCAAAUCCUCCAAGACAUACGCCUGCUCGCAUUGCGGGGCCGAGAGUUCUGCAACGGUCACUCUGAAGCUUUGCAGUGGCUGCCAGUUGACUCGCUAUUGCUCCAAAUCGUGCCAAGUUGUUCAUUGGAAAACCCACAAACGCUCGUGUCGUUGCAGCCCAGAUUUAACCCCCCGAGAUGUAGCUCGCGACCGUCGCGCCCAAUCCUUCAUCCGCCACCUAAUGCGUGUUUCGUGGAUCAUCAUUCUCCUCGACAUGUACGCCAUCGUUGCCCUUGACCUCCGUCGCAACCCCUCCAACGCGGACAAACACUGCAUCCGCGCCAGAAUAACGACCAUCCCCGCCCCAGAUAACCUCCCCGCCACCAAGAAACCCGCUCCACCAGACAACCCCAUCAUCAUGCUCCAAUUCGAGCGCUUCGAGAUACUCCCCAUCUCGCGCCUCACCACCGCCAUGCGGACCGGCCUCGAAAAUACCCGCAAGCGCUACACCGAAAGCGGUCUUGUCCCCCCCGGAACGCCCUUCAUUUCCAUGUUCUUCAGCACAGACGGCGACAACUACGUCUACGAGCCGCGACCGCUGCAUCCAAUGCUAUUCAGGCUGGCCAAUGCGAGUUCUACGAGCGCGUCACUGCCGCUGUUUGAUGAUGGGGAGCCGGUAACCGAGGCCAAGGUCGUCGACGAGCUGAACGAGUUCAUUCGGCUAGACAGGGAGAAUCUUUGCAAGGCUCGUGGACCUCUCCAUCGAAAAGACACAUAA